AUGUACCAAAUUCGUCGAACAUCGAACAAAGCGAAUAUGCCAAAAGAGGUGGCAGGCGAAAAAAUAAAUCACGGCCCAACUAUAGUGAUUCAUGGUGGUGCAGGAGUAAUAGACCGUAAAAGUUUCCCAGAAAAUAAACAAAAAGAAUAUCUUGAUGCCUUGAAAGAAUCACUUUUAGCUGGGUAUGAAAUAUUAAGGAAAGGAGGAAAUUGCCCAUUUUUCAAUGCUGGUAAAGGAUCAGUAUUUACUAUAAGUGGUAAGAAUGAAUUGGAGGCUUCGAUUAUGCUUGGAAUCGAUUCCCACACAGCCGGUGCAUGUACAUUGCUUAAAACAGUCAAAAAUCCAAUAAUUCUGGCCAAAACCCUCCUUCAAGACCCUGAGAAUCCACAUGUAUUCCUUGGCGGAAUUGAGGCUGAAAAAUAUGCGAAAUCAAAAGGAUUAGAGAUGGUUGAUCCGGGUUAUUUUUGGACACAACAGAGAUGGAAACAGCAUUUAGAUGGAUUAGAAAAGAAAACAGAAAACCCGAAGAUGUUAAAUGAUCUUGACGGUGGUACAAAUUAUCCGA